GGAAUACACUUGGUUUCUGCGGUCAUGUCUGAGGCGCCUGCGCACGAUCCGCUGAACCCUGCGACGUUCGUCGCUCCUGAGUUGCCGACAUCGACGACCAUCAUCAUCGAGUUCUGUGACCGGUGUCGAUGGCUCCAUCGCGCAACAUGGACACAGACUGAACUCUUCCUCACCUUCCCUCCUCCAAACGUUACCUCCAUCACCCUCAUCCCUCGCAACACGGAAGAGACAGCAGGACGGUUCCGCGUAUGGCUGAUCACAGCAUCUGAGCCGCCAAAGCUCAUGUGGGACCGCAAGACCGAGGGAGGCUUCCCUGAGCUCAAGGUCCUGAAACAACGCAUUCGAGACGUCAUACAGCCUGGCAAGUCGCUCGGCCACAGCGACAAUAAGCAGGACUGCAAGACGGGGGAGGACUGCAAGCCAGAGGCCGCUGCGCAGACGUGAAGUUUGCAGGUAUCUUCUGGUUGAGCGUUCUACAAGGUCAGAUAGUGACUAGAAAUUACAGCGUGUAAGAUAGGUCAAGUUCCAAGACAGUCAGUC